GACCAGCGACAUGCCUCUUCGUUGGAGGCUAUCUUGCCACUCACAUUCACAGGAAGCUUCAUUCUCAGAUACAUUUCGCAGAAAACAGCAUCAUCAUGAAGGCAGUCGUCAGUUUUGCCGCACUCGGCAUCACUGUUGCAAACAUUUCACUAGCGAUGGCACAGAACAUGUCUUAUGGAGCCGACAACUGGUACCGCAGCGAUCAGGUGACGGUUCAGCCGAUCACCUUCCUGACCCAAUUUCGAACUUCUGUUGCAGGGAACAUCUUUAUUCGCAACGAUCUUGCUCGCAACAACAAUCAGACCGCCAGUACGCCAGCCAUUGUUGUCGGUCAUCCAAUGGGUGCGGUGAAGGAGCAAAGUGCCAAUCUCUAUGCCACGAAGAUGGCUGAGCAGGGCUUUGUAACCAUCUCGCUCGAUCUCCCAUUCUGGGGCUCUAGCGAGGGCGAACCAAUGAACACUGUGUCGGCAGACUUCUACGCUGAGGCUUACAGUGCGGCAGUGGACUAUCUGGGCACACAGGCUUUUGUUGAUCGCGAGCGGAUCGGCGCUCUUGGGGUCUGUGGCAGCGGUUCUUUCGUAAUCAGUGCUGCCAAAAUCGAUUCCCGCAUCAGGGCCAUCGCCACAGCAAGUAUGUACGACAUGGGCUCAGUCUCCCGUAAUGGGCUGCGUCAUGCCCAGACCCUUGAGCAGCGCAAAGAAAUGAUUGUACAUGCAUCGCAGCAGCGUUGGGCUGAGGUCGACGGUGCAGAAGUUGCGGUCACUGGCGGUACCCCAAAUGUUCUCACCAAUGAGUCAACCCCCAUUGACCGCGAGUUCUACGAUUACUAUCGCACCUCACGUGGUGAGUUCACCCCACCCACUACUACGCCAAACCUCACCACACACCCCACUGUCGCAAGCCAAACCAAGUUCUUGAACUUCUAUCCUUUCAACGAUAUCGAAACCAUUUCCCCACGCCCAAUGCUCUUCAUCUCGGGAGACCAGGCACACUCUCGCGAGUUCAGCGAGGAUGCUUAUGAGCGUGCUGGCUCACCAAAGGAGUUGGUCUGGAUUCCGGGCGCCGGACAUGUUGAUCUCUACGAUCGCGUUGAGCUGAUUCCCUUCGACAAGCUCACCGAAUUCUUUACACAAAAUCUUGCCGCAAACUGAGCCGCUGGGAAACGGUUAUAUCUGCCCUAGUCAUAUGAGGUCAGAAUACGUAUGAGGAUGAAUUAAACGGGGUGUGUGAGUAUCUUUAUCGAUGCAGAAGCGAAUGAAUUGGAGGGGUAUCGCUGGGAUGUGCGUAAAAGCUGGUUUGUAGCAUCGUUGAAGUUUUAGCUAGUAGAAUAUUCAUUUCUUUUCAAGAGUAAUAUUGGGCCCUUGCAUUACUUUACCA